AUGAUACCCUUAUGGGUUAAGCUACCUAAUUUGCCAUUGAGUUGUUGGGGACCAAAAUCCCUUAGUCGAAUAGCUAAUACCUUGGGCACGCCUAUAUGUGUAGAUGAUUGUACUUCUAAGCUAGAGAGGGUGUCAUAUGCUAGAUUGUUGAUUGAAAUGGAUGCUACAGUCGCUUUGCCUAAUGUGAUUAAGGUGAUUGAUCCUCAUGGUGAGGUGUUUGAUCAAGAAGUGUGGUGUGACUGGAAGCUUCAGUACUGCCCUAUUUGCUGUCAAAUAAGUCAUUUAUGCCAACCUCCUCCUCCAAAGAAGGUUGCUGAGAAGCAGCCUGAGCCAGUUGCUCAAAGGAAAGGUCAUGACAAACAACCUCAAGUGUGGCAAUCUAAAGAAAAGGGUGAAGGGAAUUUAGCUGUGAAGAACACCGAUUCAGCAGAAGCUGGGAGUGGUGUGGAAGAAGGGGAAUGGAAGAAGGCUUCUGGGAAAGUUAAAGUCCCAGCACCUGUAAGGGAUGAGCCAGCAACAUUUAAUGGUUUCAAUCUUUUGGUUCAGGAUGUUUUACAACAAAUGAUCCACGCUUCUUUCAAUGGAGCUGAGGUGGGGUAG